CCUUAAAUGAAACAAAAGAAGCACACCGGAAGCACUUGCAAUUAUUGCCUCCAACAAACCAAACUCAAGUAGCACCAAAAAGAGAUACGCAUCGCUCUCCUUCAACCCCAUUGACAGCGGUGGAAAAGCACCACUCCCCACCCUCCCCGCCAUUAAAACAAAAUACCAAUCCCACCUCACAAGAGCAAAAGCCCACCCUCUAACACUUGAAAGAAGCUCUACAAAACAAAACUCGUUAGUCUCACAAGUAUGUCCCUUAAGAAACUCUGCAGCCCCUUCAACUCCUUCCUCCUUUGCUUCUUGGCCUUCUUAUACCCCAUCCACCAAGCCAAGGCCGCCAGCUUCAUCUACGCCGGCUGCUCACCAUCCAAGUUCCAGCCCAGCUCCCCCUAUCAAAACAAUCUCAUCUCCCUCCUUACCUCCGUCGCCGCCGCCGGCUCCCAGGCCACCUACAACAGCUUCGCGGUGGGCAACGACUCCGCGUCAGCCACCGGCGCCGCCGUCUACGGCCUCUACCAGUGCCGCAACGAUCUGAGCGCCGGCGAGUGCUCCUCCUGCGUGCAGAGCGCCGUGGGCCAGCUCAACCUGGUGUGCCCGGACUCCUACGCGGCCUCGCUGCAGCUCGACGGGUGCUUCGUGCGGUACAGCAACGAGAACUUCCUCGGGCGGCCCGACACCAGCCUGGUGUACCGCAAGUGCAGCGCCAGCGCGAGCAAGGACGCGGAGUUCUUCCGGCGGAGGGACGACGUGCUCGCCGACCUGCAGAACGGGGUGGGGUUUCGGGUGAGCAGCUCCGGGACGGUGCAGGGCUACGCGCAGUGCGUCGGGGAUUUGAGCUCGGCCGACUGCACCGCUUGCCUGGCGCAAGCCGUCGGGCAGCUGAAGAAUUCGUGCGGGUCGGCCAUGGCGGCGGACGUGUACUUGGGGCAGUGCUACGCCAAGUACUGGGCCUCCGGCUACUACUUCCGAUCUACAACAGGGUAUACGGAGGAUGACAUUGGAAGAACCAUUGCAAUAAUUGUUGGCAUCUUCGCAGGGGUGGUCCUCUUCGUGGUGUUCCUUUCUUUUCUGAAAAAAGCAUGCUAGUCACCGGGGAUGAUCCUUCUCCAAGAGCCGGUUUGGGGUUUGGGUCCUGCAUUUUGUCGAAAGAGGCACCUCUUUUCAAGCAUCGGGACCCCUCAUGGAAAGGACAGCAUUCCAAACAGCUGCGAGCUGCUUCACUAGGUUCCACCAUCGGACGACCAAUGGACAC